AUGACCUCCUCACUGGGAGACCCCGACUCCCAUCCGCAGCAUCCGUUCGUCCACGGCAUCGACGUCUCUCCCACCACGCAAUGCGUCCACUGGCACUCGGACCUGGACAUCAUCGCCAUCAGGCACAAGUGCUGCGGCCAGUAUUAUGCCUGUAUCAGCUGCCAUGACGCGCUGGCCGGUCAUACGCAUACCCCGGAGGUCUGGCCGAGGCACGAACGUAACGCAAAGGCUGUGCUCUGCGGAAAUUGCCGCCGCGAACUGUCUGUCAAUGAGUAUCUGAGCUGUGGGAACAAGUGCCCAGGUUGUGCUUCGAACUUCAACCCGGGCUGUGCAAAACACUACGAGCUGUACUUUGAGGUCUGA